AUGUCAUUUGGAGAGACGAGGGAAUUACGAAAAACAACCAAAACAAAUUGGUUAAAGGAUAAUAGAGAGUUAUUGAGGAAUAAUAAUGGUCAGGUGCAAACCGAUAUUCGAUUGACCACUAAAUGGCUUGAAAGAAGUAAAUGUGAGGAUUUAGGAAUUAAAUAUAGGAAAGGAAGAUACACUAAACAGGAAAAGGAAAUAUUACAGAAAUCUUUACAAGAAUACAAAAUAAGACAUAAUCUUAAUGAUGAUCAAUUACAAAAACUUAUGCAUUAUAGAAAUGAAAAAGAACAUUCGUCUUUCUGGGCAGAAAUAGGCUACCGUUCAUUAAAAUCUGUUGCACAUCACAUACAGAGAAAUUUUCAUGAAUUCAAUCAUAAUGGUUCAUGGAGUAAAGAAGAAGAUGAACAGUUAAAACAACUUAUUCAAUUGUAUGGACGAGAUUGGACAACAAUUGGUGAACAAUUGAAGCGUAUGCCAGAAGGAUGUAAAGAACGUUACGUUAUCUGUCUCCAACAUCAAGACAAGCACAACAAAGGAAAAUGGACAAAGGAAGAAGAAGAACAAUUAACAAAAGUAGUCGUUGAUAUUACCAAAGAAUGUGACGCAAACAUUUCUUUGGAUUGGGGAAUUCCAUGGCAAUUAGUCGCUGAAGCAAUGGAUAAUAAAAGAACUGCAUUAUCUUGUCGAAAAGAAUUGAAUGAGACAGAUGAAUAUUUGAUAGAAUGGGAUAAGCUAGCAGAUGAAGAAUGGGAACUUUGGCCUCGUGAGUUAUUGUGUGAGCAUUGGCGUCAUUUAAAAUACACUGUAAAUGGGUUUAGAGAAAAAGACUUUCAAGAAAUUCUUUAUGAAUUAUUAAAUAGGUAUAAUGAGAAUACACCCGAAAAGCCAAACCGACCCAAGUCAGCUCCAACUAUCAAUUCUGAAGAUGACACAAAUAGUGAUUAUGAUGAAAAUGUAGAUAAUGUAAAUAACAAUUCAUUAGUUUCUUCGGACAACACUUCAUCAGACUAUUCUGAUUCAAACCAUAUGGAUAUCGACGAUGUUAUUCUUCCAACUAAGAAGGUUGCUUCUAAAAAUAACAAAAAUAAAGAAAACAACCAAGUGAUUAGCAUUUCCGGAAGCUCAUCAUCCGAAUCUGAAUCAGAUUCUAGUUCGAGCGAUAGUAGUAGUGAUAAUGAAGAAACCGGAGACUCUAAAUCAGAGAUGAGUUCUGAGAAUGACAAUUCUGUUGGAAAAAAAGUAGUUUUUUUACAAAAUAUGAAUGCAUCGAUAGAUGCAUCCGAUUCGGAUUCAUAUGGCGAUACUAGGGAAAGUUCAAGUGAAUUAUCAUCUUCGGACGAUGAAAGUUCAGGAAAUGAUAGCAGUGAAGAAAGUUCAUCUGAAGAUGAUGAAGAAUUGACUAUGAAUGAAACAUUUACGAUUGAGCGGGCAAUAUCAAAUGAUUUGUGCUCAUCUAAUGAAGUUUCAGAAACAUCUGAACAAAGUAGCGAUGAAGAAAGAAUAUAG